UAUUAUAACAUUUUGUAACUCAAAAAAAAAAAAAACCAUUUUUGUAGCAGUGCAGGAACGUUUAGUGGUACUCCGACGAGCAAGCAACUUCACCACCAAUCUCAGCCGUCGCCGCUGCAAUCCCCUUCAACUGGGCGUCACCUCUUGAUUUUUUGAAAUCUCGCACUGCUUCACUCUUCUUUUUCGACUGUUAACUAUUAGUUUUGCUAUAAGUGUUAGAUCCUAGAUCUUCACAUUCAACCAAACUACGCCAUUGCCACCCCACACGGAGCUUUUGCUACUGUUGUACGAAGAAAGAGAUCUAUGAAUUCUCCAAAUCAGUUCCCUAAAUUCUAAUCCCAAAAGAAAAUGGGCCCUCCGAAGAAACACUUCGUCCCUUUCCUCCUCCUCCUUGCCUUCUGCGUCCUCCUCCUCCUUUACUCGCCUCGCCCAAAUUCCAUCUCUACCCAAUUCCCUCUAAAUCCCCACUCUAUCGCCAGCAGUGCCGCCACCUCUACCUCCGCCUCCUCAACCUUUUCCCUUACUAUCAAAGUCCUCACUUUUAACCGUCUCAACUCCCUCACCCGCUGCCUCACCUCCCUUUCAAAAGCCCACUACCACCCCGACCACCCAGUCCACCUCCACAUCUUCGUCGACCAUUUCCCGAACCAAACCCAAUCCGACAUCGACCUCAAACUUCAGGAGUCGCUUGGAAUUCUGCGGUUUGUCGAUGGGUUCCAGUGGAAGUGGGGUCAAAAGGUCGUUCAUUACAGAACCACCAAUGUGGGUCUUCAGGCUCAAUGGUUAGAAGCCUGGUGGCCUACUUCUGAUGAUGAGUUCGCCUUUGUUGUGGAAGAUGAUUUGGAGCUUUCACCACUGUUUUUUAAGUAUUUGAGGGCUUUGAUCUUGAAUUAUUAUUACAAUGCUUCCAAUUUUAGUCCUUUUGUUUAUGGAGCUUCCCUUCAGCGCCCAAGGUUUGUUCCAGGUAAACAUGGAAACAAGAUGCUACUGGAGAAGACCUCUGGUCUUUUCUUAUACCAACUGGUUGGAACCUGGGGCCAACUUCUCUUUCCAAAGCCUUGGAAAGAGUUUAGGUUGUGGUAUGAUGAUCACAGGGCAAAAGGCAUCAAGCCAUUUCUUGAUGGGAUGAUUUCCACGGGUUGGUACAAGAAGAUGGGAGAAAGAAUAUGGAGUCCUUGGUUCAUUAAAUUCAUUCAUUCUCGUGGCUAUUUUAAUAUCUACACAAAAUUUCCAGAUGAGAAAUCACUUAGCGUCUCCCACAGGGAUGCUGGUGUUAACUAUGGAAAAACAGCUGGGCCAGAUUCUCAACUAUUAGAUGAAAAUUCUCUUGAUUCUGAUUUUCCGGAAAUGAAAUCUUUGAGUACUAUGAAGAAGUAUGAUUUCUGUUUCAGGGAAGUAGUUUCUGGAAGAAUUGUAUGGUCCUUGAAUGAUCUUGGAUCUAUUCUUCCCUCUGUGCAGAAAAAGGAAGCUGUUCUGCUUGUCAGCCUAUUUGGGGUGUCGGAGACAGUUACUAGAAACCUUCUUUGCCACUUUGAGAGGCUAAAUAUUUGGAAUUACAUUUUCAUCGGUCCUGCAGCUGAAUUUCUGUUUCAUCUUGCUCAAGGGGGACAUCCUGUGAUUGAUGCAGAUGGAUUUCUCGAAGAUAUCAAAUCAUUCAAAUCACUGAGAAUUAAAGAGUCAAAUGCUAGGCUUAUCAAAGAGAUUCUGUUGAAGGCUUAUGUUGUCAAAAAAGGUUUAGAAUUGGGUUAUAAUACUUGGGUGGUGGAUGGAAACAUGGUUUUUAUUGAUAAUGAAUUUUUUCUUGAUCCCAUGGACAACUUUUAUGCAGGGGAGAGCUUGGACCUCUUCUAUGUCAAGAACUCACCUUCUGCUCACAAAAUUUGGACUCAUGAUUUUCUACAUGAUGUUGCAGCUAUGGUGGAUAAGAUUGCACUACCAAGUGAUACCUUAAAUUUUGCAUCUGUAAUGGCAAAACUGGUGGGACAGAAAGGAAUCAGAUUUAAGCGCAUUGAUGAGAAAAGCUUUGGCAUGAAAAUUGGUAACCAAAAUCUCAAUCAAGCAUUGGAAACUAAUAAAAAGGUGGUUUACUGGUUCAGAGAGUUAGAUAUGAAUUCGAUUCAGAAGCAUCUUCAAGAAAUGAGUCUAUGGGUCAUAGAUAAUGACUCUUCCUGCAGAGCUGUAGUUUGUCACAACUCAUAACAGUCACAGCAACCAGUUAGUAGUUUAAGCAUGACAACACAUUUGAUCACUUUUGAUAUAUGUGCUUGGAAUGAAUAUGAUUAUGCAAAAUGAGUUCCAAGAGAUUUUUUAGAGAUUCGUGUAUUCGCAAAGGGAGUUGGUGGAUCUAAACAUGUUAAGCAACAUAAACACUAGAUUGGAAUAUGUAUGAAUCUUUUAAACUGGCAAAAGGCUUUGGAAUUUUUUUGGAAUUGAUUUGUGAGUUUCCUCAAAUUCUUUAGAGGCAAUUUGGUUAAAUCUGUUUUAGAUAAAGUAAUAUAUGUGCAUAUAUUUAUUCUUCUUUCGAGUUA